UCUGGUUCUAACCUUAGUUGUCUUAUUUAUUUUGUUCUUUUUUAUUACUCUUUUUGUGUUGUUUGGCUUGAGUCAUUUAUUACAGGUCAGUGACCUUUGAUGACUCUCUCACUUUUCGUGAAUAAAACAGUCUUAGUCUUAGUUUCUUAGUCUCAUACAGACACGUGAUGUUCGAUAAAUUGGGUUUUGGCCCAAAAUGACUUGUCACAGCAGUUUUCGGGCUGAAAAAUCCAUUCCUCUUUUUUUACUUCAAAUCCUCUUACGUUCCUCGUUGCAAUCGGGUCCAACCUCUCAUUUUGUAGAGAAACGUUUGCUCUACAUCCUUGCUGAAUCAGCAAAUUGUUAAAGUAGCAAUUUAUGAAACGCCAGAUUUUUCAAAAAAUAUCUGGAUUGACUUUGCUUUACGAAUCUACAUUCGUCAAAACAUUUUUCAUUUUUAUAUCCUUUUCUCUUUCGUUUCGCAGGAAAAUCUCUAAUAAAUGUUACCGGGAUGAUGUUUAAAACACUUCUGCACUAUGCGAUCACGUCAUAAAAGAGUAUUUACUCCACAGAAAGAAAAUGGCUUUUUUGCUGGUACCUUACGUUCUUUCUAUAAAGAAAAUACGCAACAUGUAAUGAAUGCAAUGCGAAAUACAGAAUAUAGAAACGCAGUUGGUUUUUCUAGCUGAGGAAAAUAAUAAGAAUUUUUAUAGUUUAGGCUGUUGCUAUUGCUAUUACUAUUACAUCUCAAGAGUCACAUUUUAAUUGUAUUGAAAUAGUCUAGUGGUGUUGUUUUUGUUAGUAAUAUAUAUUAGUAAUAGUAAAUUAUGUAAUAACUUCUUUGGUGAGAAAAAGUUUCAAGCGAAAAGCAGAGACAACUAAAGUGAUAACUUUUCGAGUAGCAGCGCAUCCAAAUCAGACCAUGAAAAAACGUUGACUCUUUGUUCGACGAAAUGUUCCAACUAUAAAGCCUAUCGAAGAUGUUUAGCUAAAUCUUUUUGUCUUGAACGUUAUGGGAUGCAAGAUGGUGUUAUUCUCAAGGGAUGGUUAAUGUGCAGAAAGGUACGUGCACAGACCGAUACCACCUAAAAAGUCUUUCAUGCAGCGUUUUUAAUGAUCUGUGCGUCACGGGAGAGUAGAGUGGACUUCUACUUUGAAAAUGUGAUUUCUACUCUGUUUUUAGCAGAACAAACAUAAAACUUGUGCUGGUGUUUUGUGGAAACCCAUUUUACCAAGAGUUUAUAUUAAAGACAGUGACUAUAUUGGUAUUUUCUUGCUUCGUGGAGAUGAUAGCUCAAAAUAUAUCCCGAAAAUAAAAUUAAUCGGAACUUUGUGCCACAGUGAUAAUCUUUUCGAAUUAUUAUUAUUAUCACGCAUAAAUUAUUAUCACGUCUGUACAUGCGUUUUGGUGGACUUUGAACUCUUAAUCGUACUCUGAUCUCUUUUAUACCGUGUUGUUUGAAAAAACGAUUUCGAUCUUUACCUUUUCAGAUUCUCUAAAAACCUAUUAUUUUAAUCAAUGUCCAUUAUUCAACAUCGAAAAGAAUUAGAUUUGAUAUCCACGAACAGUAUUAUUGUGUAAUUAGGCAAUUUUAUAUCCGAUCAUUUAGGCUAAUUUAACAUUAUUACCGUCAUAUAAUUAAGAAAAAUGGAAACAAUGGAGUAUCAGUCCACUUACGAUACAUCCACGCUGCCGUUUUUUAAUGAUUUUCUUGAUGUGGAUCUAUUUUCAGCAUCGGGCACAACAACAAUAGACGAAAAUGAUGAUUGGAUAAAACCUUUAUUGUUAGGUACGUAGAAUGAGGAAGAAAAAAAAGGGAGAAUUUGGUUGACUAAACAAUUUAAGAUAAAAACUAAAGAUAUUACCAAGAAAUAGUACUUUUUCUAUUAAAGAAAUGGUUUGUGCUUGGUCAUGCAGCAGAGCUAGCGUCUUAAGCAUUCUCAGAAGCUGAGCGAGAAACUACAAGUUUCUUGUGUGUAAAUAUAUGAAGACAAAAACAGCUGCUUUUUCGUGACUAAUAUGUUUUAAUUUUCCUUAGAUGAAUUUGACUAUUUACAAUUCGAUCAACAAACAAAUGCAACUGUUAAUGAUGAUCAUUUUUUAUUACUAAACGAUAACGAUGACAAACUAUUGAAACCAUCUUCGUUUUUUAUCGAUGAUUCUUGGAUAACUGCGAACGAUUUUCUACCAUUAUGUCCACUAACAACAGGUGAACAACAAAUACCAAACACAACGACACCAACACAUUCAGAAACUUUAGAAAGUCAAGAAACAAAACAAGAAGAGUAUGAGCAAGAGCAGUAUCUAAAUUCGUUAUUUGUCAAUGGAAAUGAAAUUACAUUUAUUAACCCAAUUGUUACAGAUACAAAUCCCCUAGCAGGUGAGCAAACAGCGAAUGGAUCAUUUAAAGAAAGCUCUGCUUCUGGAAUAACUGCCAAUGAUUUAGCUAGCCUUUUCGAACAAUUUGAAGAGCCAAAAGCCAGUGUCGUUAUUAUAGCUGAAGAUGCUACACGCUGUUCUGAUUUGAAACCAACAACGAGCCUAUGUGAAACGGAUCUAACUCAUCAUCAUCGUACAUCAUGUUGUUGUCAGUUAUCUUCUACUCAUCGUUACACAUCUCCCAAACAAACACGAAGAACAAAUCCUCGUGAAGUUAUUCUGUUCCGUAAUGGUGAGUUUAUCUCCAAGGAACCAGUUAAUAAAACAUCAUCGUCAACACCAACAACGGCCUGUUGUCAUCAUCAAUCCACACCACCCUCACUUCAAACAACCACAACAGUUUCACCAUCAGCAAUCACGGGAACAGGAGUAAAUGCAGCUGCGCAAGUAGUUGCAUGUAAUGUAUUAAGACAAGCAACUGCGAAUGAUGCAUUUAUAGAAAAUUUGAAUAAUUUGAAACGUGAACCAGAAGAAAAUGAAUGUUGUUGUAGAGGAAAACAAUCGGUUGAUGUCGCAGCAGCAGCGGCUCGUGCACAUGCAUCAUGUUUGUAUGAUAAUUCAUCAACAUUAAAAAUAUUGGGUUGCAACGCAACGGUACCCGUGUCUGUCACACCUUUCUCAUCGCCAGCGUGCUCACCAAAAAUGGAAUUUUUAACAACAGAUGGUACAAAAAUUAUUGCUGAAACAGAGGAUAAUAAUGAUUUUAAAGGACGGUUUGAUCAUCAAUUUGGCUUCUGUCAAACCGCAGAGUCAGCGUCUACUACUCAAGUAAUAACAAUUAAACAAGAAAUAAAGCAAGAACCACAAAUACCCACAACAGCAACCUUCAUCCCGUAUGCACCAAUAUCAAAAGUAAAUUUACUACCAAAAACAUCGUUGUCAUUACAAGCCGUACCUACAUCAGCGGCUAUAUUCAAAACAGUGAAAAAAUCAAUAACAAAACCUUCAAAUAGUGCAUAUAACAUUGGAGGUAAUUCACGUUGUUCUGUAGCAAUUUCUGCUCGAAAACCGUCCAUCUUACCUGUACUAUCUUCAUUACCAAUUCAUCGAAAUUUAAAAUCGAAACAAGAACAUCAGCCUACACUCAAUGAAUUAGAUUUACGUACAAUAUUUAUUGGUAACGUUCCAUUGUCGAUGACUGAACAUGAUUUAAGAAAAAGAUUCGAAAGAUUUGAUGUUAAUAUUAAAAUUGAAUUAGUGAAAAAGAAAAAAGUUCAACAUGGCUAUGUGACAUUUUCAGAUGCCAAUAGUGCUUCGAUUGCACUUCAACAUGUAAACGAUGGUUACAAUGGAAAUCAACGUUUUCAACGUAUGCAUAUUGGUGGGCAUACAGUAACGAAUGUUCUUUUCAAUAAUAGUAUUAAACGUCGUUUUACUGAUCAAUCAGCAAAACGAGAAGAUCAAGAUGCAAUUGAAAAUUUAAAAUCUGUUCUAUCAUCUUACGAUAAUAAAACUCUGUGUUUCGAUACUUUAACGCCUCCAGCAACUCCCAUACCUUCUCAAACUCAAUAUCAAUUAUUUAUACCGAAAUUAGAGCAACAUCAGCAACAAAAAUCAUUAACUGCGACAAGAGAUAUUACUCAUAUCAUUGUAGAUCCAUUCAGUGUUUUAGCAGCGACCAAACCGCGAACGAUAACCGUUAUUAAAAAUAAAUAA